CUCCCUUCCCAUCCCCAUCCCAUCCCAUCCCAUCCACCUCAUCCCCGUUCAUUCAUUCCCCAUCGCGUCACCACCUCCACUUUCUGCCUAUCCACCUUCUGCUGCGCUCCCCGACAGGGAAAUACAGCCGUCUUCCCCCCUCCAACCCACCUAAUAAGGGUCGUUGUUGUCUGCUGCUGCUCUCUUCUAUAGUCUGCUGUGCUACUCUGCGCAAGUCGCUAGGCUCCUGUCGAAUCGCUCUUCGCCAGGAUGAGGCGCCAAAACCGCUCCUGCGACCAGUGCCGCAAGGCCAAGCGGGCAUGCGACGCGCCCUCCCUGUGGGACAUCCAGCGCAACUCGGAAAGGCUCCGCACCGGCACUGACGCUUCAUCUGGCGUUUCCCUCGCCGAAGAACAUCUCGAUGAGAUAGACUCCCGCGCCCUACGAUGCUCCUACUGCCUCCGAACCAGAAAACAAUGCACCUUCCAUUGGGUUCGCGCCCAGCUACAGACCGGCCCUCCCGGUGACGUUUCAACUCAAGCCGGCACCAAUGCUCGUCGCGUCCCCGAUCCUGCGCGGGCAAAGGCCAAGCGCCAGCGUCCGCGCCCUCAACCUGGCCCCUCGCCCACCCAGACGGCUCUCCCGAUCACCGGCCUCGACGUCAAUGCCACUGCGCUGCUCGACAUGCUUCAGGCGCCGCCCUCGACUCACGACUUGACAAGCUGGGGUCCAAUGGAAACUGGCUUUGCCAACUUCUCGGGCUUCCCCAACUCCGCCUUCGACCCGAUGCCCAUGAAUGGUGUCUUCAACACCUCCGCUUUCGACACCGGCCUGCACCCGAACAUACUCGGCCCUCUCGACCCGAAUUCAACCCCGUCACACCCCCACCCGUUAGACCUCUCCCCAGCUCCCGAUCUGCCUACGCAUGGCCUGCACCAGACUCGACACCAAUCUACAACUGAAGAAGAUAAUGGUGAGAACGGGUGGCCAUUGACCCAGACCCGCUCCGCGCCCGAUCUUCCUUUCCAGCCGUCUCCCUCAGCCUCCAACUCGUAUGAAAGCGACAUCUCCUCCCGGUCGCUCAGCGCCCGCCACUACUCAGACAGUGUGGCCCGAAGUUAUGGCACUUCGAUUUCGCCCUUCUCCGCAGCCCACCUCAUGGCCACGAAUACCAACAAAGGUUUGAUUUCGGACAAUCUCAUGCGCAUCUACCACGAUGUUCUGGAACACGCCUUGUCGUGCUGGCUGUCCGAAGAGACAUGCCCGUACCGGCCCAACUCUGUCGUCCGACCAUCCUCGAAUGGGGUCAGCUGGUUGGCGUCCAACUUUGAGAAACUGAAUGUUCUCGACCAUUACGAACCGAAGCAGCAAGACAAUAGGAUAUACCGCCGUGUGGUCAAGCUCGAUAAAGUCGCCCAGUCAACCAAGUUGAUUAAGCUCACGAGAUCGGAGGACAAGGCCGCGUCAAAAGCCCUCCAUCUGGCUAUCAUGGCCUUCGCCACACAAUGGGCCCAGGGUAGCCAGCGCGAACGUGAGAGGUUUCCCCAAAGUCUAGCAUCCCUUGACAGCACAGAUUUCGCCGACGAUAUGAAUGCCGACUUCGACCGCACACUCCAGAAGUCAUUUUGGGCACAGGCGAAACGCGCUCUCCAGGAUUGCUCAGAUAUGGAAUGCUUCAGGGUGGUGUGUGCGGAUUUGAUCAUGGGACUGGCCCAGAAGCCAAUGGAUGACGAAGAUCUCGCCUUUGACAGAAGGGACAGCAUGCCACCCAAUGGUUUCGGUGGUGACAGCCCCAUCGUAGGUGGAGAAGGCUCCAUUGCAUCGCAAAUUAGCGACAUUAUCGCUGCCGAAGGGCCGCCAGUGUUUAUGGAACGGGCAGCUCGGAAGAUGCAUGCUCUCAAGUUCCAAUACGAGGCCCGCGAGACGGGAGUGCUUGACUCGUCGAAGAGCUCCCUUGGACUAGAAAGGGCCACUAGCGCCGAGUCCCUCAGCGACGAAGAAAGAGGCACUAUUGGCCUCGUCUACUGGAUGACUGUCAUGUUCGAUACUGUCUCAUCUUCAAUGAACGGCCGUCCUGUCGUCGUUUCUGAUGAGGAGUGUCAUCACGAUCCGACAUAUCCAUCGUAUCCAGACCGCCCGGAGCAUGACGCCUUUAACAUCGAAUAUAGCCCCCAUGAUGCCAGAUGGUGGGCUGAGCUUUUCGUCAGAGAGGAUGUGGAAGGAGUACUGCGCUGGCCGUGUUCGACGGAAACGGCUACCAAGGGCGUUGUGGCAGCAGCACCAGUCAAGGUGAUAUUGUUCAGGCACGUCUCGUAUUUACAGAAUACGGUACGGAGCAAAUACCGAGGCGAGGCCGUUGAGAAGGUCAUCUCGAAUUCCAUGGCCGUCUACAAACACUGGAAUGUGACCUACGGAGCAUUCUUCCGAGAUCUCGUUCAUCAGUACGACUCAGUUCCAACACAUAUCCAGAGCUGGUUCGUAUGCGUCGUCGCGCAUUUCCACUGCGCCGCUCUCCUCCUUGCCGAUCUGAUUGAGUUGGUGGACGAAAACAACCUCGGCAUGGAAUACUCUACACAGGUCCGCCUUAGAGUCGACGUGGUCAGGUACCUACGACAGGACAGCGCCGCGAUCCUCUCCGACCUCGCCCGGGUUUCAACGUGCCCCCGAGCUGGUGAUAUUCCUGGCACCCAUGUAUCUGAUCUCCACUUUGCCGUUGUUGAGGGUUCGAUCUUGACAGAGCCUUGGACCAUGAUCCUAAUUCGGGCAUUCACCAAGGCAGCCAUCCUUCAUCUGACUGAGGUGGAGGAGUCAGUCCGACACGACCCAUCCUCGUUGGAAAGUCCUACGAUAAUGAUUUUGGCCAGGCGGUGUGAGGACUGUACCAAAGCCCUCUACUGCUUGGGGAAGAAGUCAGACAUGGCACGGAAUAUUGCAAGUAUUCUUUCUUCGGCGUUGAUUCCAUAUUUGAUGCCGACGGGCAUCUCAGGUAUUCUAACCUGAGUGUAUUUGAUGGUAAGGCGUGUCUAUUUCUUGCUUCUCUCACCCUCGUUAGGGUUCGGUUGGAUAUUGGGUCUUGUGUACACCGAAUUAAGGGAUCAGCGGUAAAAUCGGCGAAUCUCAUGUGUCAAUUAUCAGGGACUAUCUAGGACCUAUUUAUUGCAUGCCACGUUCUGCUUUGUGCUUGAGUCAUGACUCUAACUCUAAUGGAAAUGAAUAUUACUCGUA